UGCCGUUCUAUGGAGCAUUUGAUCAUCUCUAAAUUUUAUGAGGCUACCGCUAUUUUACCUUCAUGGCACGGUCGCCGGUGUCAAAUUUAGGUGAAUUCUUAAGAAAUGAUGGUUCAGUAACGAUGGUUGGAGUGCAGCGACCAAGAAGCCCGAAAAUCACCGAGAAGAAGUUCACUUUUGCAGGCGGGAAGAAUGAAGAUUGGAACACCGUGUCAAAUGCCGUAACUGCUCUAUUUCAACGAAAGAAGUUAGCAAAAUCUGAAUUAAGCAGUCUUACGGAAAAGGUUAAAUCUGUGAAACAGGAAGUAGGUGGUUCGACGAUUUGUGAAUGGUUUAAAGAAUCGCUUGUCAAAGGAAUGAUUAUUCUACGCGAAGAUGUUAAGGACAAAAAUGGCGAGGUUCUGUUAGACAAACUGGCAGAUAGUUGGACUUACUUCUUCUGUACGAUAUUGCCGUUACUUCAAGCAAUUUUCUUAGACAUACAGUCCCGAGAAGCUCAGUCUACUAGGUCUAUUGCUUUAUUAAACUUUCGUGAUGUUGUAGUGUUGAAAACUAAACUGGAAGAAGCGUUUGUUAUGGACUUGACUGUUCCGCCAAAAGUCGCACAGAUGCUGUUGAUUUUGCAGGGUGUUCAUGAUGACCUAUCUAGCAGAAACUACAGAAAACUUGAACAUCUCAUUUCGUUUGUUGUGUCACCUUACUUAAGUUCUACAGGCUUGAGAACCAAACCUGUGAAACCAUCCUUGGACUCCAAAAAAAGUGAAACUGAAGAACUGAAAAAUAAAUCAGAGACUGCAUCACAUUUGGAGAAGAAGCCACGUCCUUUUAGUGUGGGGUCUUUGGAACUUCAGUCCAAGUACUCAGCUGACAGACUUCAUGAGACUGCUCUGCAAUCAGGACCAAACAGACGUUUCACUUUUGCUGCUGACUCUUUAAAUGAUUCAUCUCACAAUUCUGUAUUUGGUCCUGGCACAUCCACUCUUACAUGAUAGUAAAAGUCAGUCAAGCCCUUGUUAUUAAUGCUUCAGCAUGAGCGUUUCACCACCUGCGGGAAAGUAUGGGCCUUGAGCAAGUUCUUCCGGGAGAGGUCUGCAGGGGGUCGCACUGAUAAUUAGUGCCAGACCCCUCAUCAACCUCUUCCUGAUUCGUCUCAAAUCUUCCAGUGGGUAGAGAAACGUGCAUUUUGCAGCACUACUAACAAUAGGCCCAUUAUGUUGGUUAGUCAGUGUGAGGUUUAAAGUUCAAAGUUGUGACAACCAACUUCCUAUCACAAGUUUAUCCUGGUGUACACCCUAGGGUACUGAGGAUAGAGAAGUUUGAAUUACAACUUGCACAGAGCUUAGUGCCUCAGAAGGCUAAAAUGCAACUCAGGUUUCAUUUUCCAAGUUGUACAUUGAGGAUGAUUAUUUGCUAAAAGAUAUGAAGAAAGUUAUUUUAAAAAAUUAUGCUGGAAAGUGCUAGAGAUUAUAAUAAUUAUAUUUUUUGUUGAAUUUCUUGGUCAGCAUCAUAUUUUUGGUUACAAAAUGGAAAUCCUGUGUUUCCUUGUCUUUACCUGAUUGAUUUUGAUAAUUAUUUAAACUGUUUAUUUAAGUAAGUAUCAAAUUUAAGAAGGUGGUUCUGUUCUCUGAAGUUUACCCUCCACUAUUUUCAGUUGUUGUUAAAUUAAUUUUUACUCAAACAUUUUACUUACCUGUAAACCUUGUUUACAGUUUUUCUUGGAAAUGUAUUAAUCAUAAGAGAAACUAGGAGCAGUGGCAAAUUCAGGGAACAAGCAAGGUAUAUAUUUAGAAAAAAAGGAAUAUUGCAGUAGAAUAGAAUCUGGCAAUUAACUACUUGUUUCUGAAGCGGGAAAAUUAGUCAUUCUUCAAUAAAAUCAGUACAUGUUACAUUUGUCAACUA